CGUCUGCUUCGAUUUUUGACAGCAAACAAGUAUCAAAUUUAUGAUUUAAGCAAUUUUUGUUAUUCGGGCAUUUUCAUCAGUUAUUUUUUUGACAACUCGGUUCGAAGUGACUUCUAAAGGAAUGCGUCGAGCUCCGAAACUCCCCUGUCUUCCGGGAUUCAAUUUUGACACGAGCCGAAUUGGACAGACAAAGUUUCCCAGGAGUCACGUAUUCGAGAAGAUUCACGAAGGAGUUUACUAUUUGGCCGAAGAACCAGGGGAGCCUCAAUUCAGGGAUGAUCCAUCGGUUUAUCCACGAGGUGAAGCACAAGUUUUGCCAACGUGGCUCGCGUUCGAUGGUCAAAGGCUCAUGUUCAAGGCCUACUUUCAAGAAACUGUGCAAGAACGAUGGCAAGCUUGCUUCCAAGUUCGAGUUGUAAUGAUUACUUAUUUUUUGGAGGAUGGGACGAUGAAAAUCGUGGAGCCAGCGAUCGAUAACAGUGGACUUGAGCAAGGUGUUUUACUAAGGCGACAGAGAAUACCAUUGCCCAGUCCCGUUAAGAAUCGGUACUACGACAUAUUGGAUUUGAAUAUUGGCAAAGAGCCUGAAAUAUUUGGCCGAGUUUACAGAAUCGUCGACUGUGACAAAUUCACGAGGCGAUUUUUGACUCGCAUGGGAAUUCCUGUACCGGAUCCUAUUGAAAUUCCCAACGACCAUUACAACGAGAGACGAGAAAUGUUUCAGUACAAAUUCGCAAAAAAACCGAACAGGCGAUCUGACACGUUGGGCAAAUUUUUAAAGAACGACAGGAAAGUAUUGAGAUUUUAUGGCUACUGGGACGACACCAUUAACGCGUUUGGCUUGAUUCAUGAUCUCGAAAUACACUUUUUUCUUGCUGACGAUACCAUGGAAUUAAAGGAAAUAAAUCCGCCCGACGCUGGACGCGAAAACGGUGCUGCGUUGGUGAAAAAAAUGAAAAUUCCGAAGUUUUUCACGAGCAUAAAUCCGAUUGGUUCAGCCGACCCGUUCACCGUUCUCAACGUUUUUGGUGAGAACACAGCGCGAAGCUACUACAUGAUUGACUCCUUGAAUACUGGAACAAAGGCCCAGGAAUAUUACAAGGAAAACGAUCUGACAAUUGGGGCUCAGCUGGACAUAUUCGGUCGAAAAGUCGUGAUUACGGAUAUGGAUCCUUUUACGAGGGAAUAUUAUAGGACGAAAUAUGGGAUUAAUGACUUCGAACCUCUUGAGAGGCCGAAGGACGAUCGGUGCGACUACACUGAAAAAAAAAAUAUUCCGCCCCACAACGGUUUUGGCUCUUAUGACGAUUCCCUCUGUAAUUGCUUCUCAGUUACGCCCAAGGCACCAAAAGUUGACGUCGUCAGGAUUCAUGAAUACGACAAUCAGAUUUUGAGAUUCCGUGCAAAAAUGAUAUCCAACAUUCCUGACAACGAUCUUCGGCACUUUCUCAUCAAAGUUUUUACAGAGGAUGACACAAUAUCGAUAUUCGAACUGGCUCGAGAGAACUCAGGUUUUGAGACACGGUUAUUUCAGUCGAGAAUGAAAGUCAUGUUGCCGGGGCAGGAUAUUUAUUCGAGCGAAAAACCGGAGUACUACGAGCCUCCGGACUUUUACAUCGGAGGAAGAGUCAACCUGAGCGGAUUUCAAUUCCAAAUAACAGCAGCCGACGACUUUGCACUUAGUUACAUGGAGAAACACUGCGACAAGUUUCCAAAAGCAAAUGCGAAAUUAAUAAUGAAAAAAAUACGCGAAGCUCUGGGACCCGUUUAUCGCGAAUUCAUCGCGGAGUUUGGCCCCAAAUGCAACGACGAUGGAGUUUGGGAGUACAGACGAUUGAGGGAAGCGAUGUGUAAAUAUUUGGGUGACCAAAUAGUCGAACACGAAAUAAUUACGAUAGCCAGAGCUCAUUCCUCAGACGAGAAAAGAAAUUUCAUCACGAGAGAAUUCGUUAGACGAUUGAUUCACACCGAGAUAACUCGACUGCUCUGGAACGAGCUGGAUCGUUUGAAGGAAUACAUUCAUCACGUGGACGAAGCUCGCACAGGAUAUUUACCUCGAAGCGAGUUGUGGACGAUUUUACGUGGUUCCAAAAUUCCCGUUGAUCCUGAAAUUCUCAAUUUGAUGCUUGAUCACUUAAAUAAAAAUGUGGACGGGCUCAUUGACUACCAGGAUAUGCUGCAAUUUAUGGACACAACGAUAAACCCGAUUACUCCGAUGCAAUCAGUCAGUGUCAAGACUUCCUUGUGGUGGGCAUCGGAAAAAGAUCCGAAUCGUGGCGCAGGUUUAGAUUGGUGUUCAUUUUUGAACGAUCUCGACAUCAAGGAGAACGAUCCAGCUCCACAGACGUUAGCCAUUCCCUCCGUUCCUUCGUACAGUGUCGAAGGGAACUGAAGACAUUUUUAUUCGAAGGAAAUGAAAUGGAGAAAAAUUUGAUAAAAUACGUUUUCAUAAAUUGGAAUGAAUUUAUUAUGACUAAUUCAGAUGAUGAGGGCUUACAUUCGGAAGUAUAUUUAUAUAGUAAAUAUAUAUAUAUAUAUAUAUAUAUAGUGCUAUUUACACAUCGUUUCUAACUAUUUAUCGCACCGGCUGAUCAUUUCUACGUUUUCGUUACAAUGAAUAUUAAUAAUAAUAAUACGAAUAAUAAAUUCUACUAUAAAUACAAUCAAUAUAGUACGUAGAGACAGUAAACGCCUAAAAUACGACGAGAUAAACACGAGUUUAUAAUAAAUAUAGUUCGUUUGGGUA